AUGAAGCUCGAGCUCGCCCAAUAUCGUGAGAUCGCUGCUUUCGCUCAGUUUGAUUCCGAUCUCGAUGCUUCCACCCAACAACUGUUGAACCGAGGAGUCCGACUUACUGAAUUGCUUAAACAGGGACAGUACAGACACCUUGACAAAGUCGAUCCAUCUGCGAUCACCAAGUUCGAGAAGGAAUUCCUCGCUCACAUCCGCUCAACACAACAGGAGCUGUUGAAAACGAUUCACAAUGAGGGUCAAAUUUCACCAGACACCGAUGCCAAAUUGAAGGAGGUGGUCGUGAACUUUUUAGCUACGUUCAAAGCCUAG